CUAUCGAAAGACUCACAUCGCCAACACAACACUUUGGCAUUAUUUGUUUGCGAUUUAUUUUAGUUCGUAGCGAUUUACUGUUAAUAAGCCGGAGUUUAAAAAUGGAGCGGCCACAAAAGAUGCCCAAGGUGGCGAAGGUAAAGAAUAAGGCGCCGGCGGAGGUGCAAAUUACGGCAGAGCAACUGCUCCGUGAGGCAAAGGAGCGCGAUUUGGAGAUCCUGCCGCCGCCGCCCAAGCAAAAGAUCUCCGAUCCCGCCGAGUUGGCCGACUACCAGCAGCGAAAGCGCAAGACGUUUGAGGACAAUCUCCGCAAGAACCGCAUGGUAGUCAGCCAUUGGAUAAAGUACGCCCAAUGGGAGGAGCAGCAGCAGGAGAUCCAGCGAGCUCGCUCCAUUUGGGAACGAGCCCUGGAUAAUGAGCACCGCAAUGUUACCCUCUGGCUAAAGUAUGCCGAGAUGGAGAUGAAGAACAAGCAGGUGAACCAUGCCCGCAAUCUCUGGGAUCGCGCAGUCACCAUCAUGCCGCGGGUUAAUCAAUUUUGGUACAAGUACACCUACAUGGAGGAGAUGCUGGAAAACGUAGCCGGCGCGCGUCAGGUGUUCGAGCGCUGGAUGGAAUGGCAACCGGAGGAGCAGGCCUGGCAAACGUACGUCAACUUCGAGCUGCGCUACAAGGAGAUCGAUCGGGCUCGUGAGGUCUACGAGCGUUUCGUCUAUGUGCAUCCGGAUGUGAAGAACUGGAUUAAGUUUGCCCGCUUCGAGGAGUCACAUGGCUUUAUCCAUGGCGCGCGGCGUGUUUUUGAACGUGCUGUGGAGUUCUUCGGGGACGAGUACAUCGAGGAGCGGCUGUUCAUCGCCUUCGCUCGUUUUGAGGAGGGUCAGAAGGAGCACGAUCGGGCGCGCAUUAUCUACAAGUACGCAUUGGAUCACCUGCCCAAGGAACGCACACAAGAGCUGUUCAAGGCGUACACGAUACAUGAGAAGAAGUAUGGCGAUCGGGCGGGCAUCGAGGAUGUCAUUGUGUCCAAACGCAAGUACCAGUAUGAGCAGGAGGUGUCAGCCAAUCCCACCAACUACGAUGCCUGGUUCGAUUAUCUGCGCUUGAUCGAAGCGGAGGGCGAGCGCGAUCAGAUUCGCGAGACCUACGAACGAGCCAUCUCCAAUGUGCCACCGGCAAACGAAAAGAACUUCUGGCGGCGCUAUAUUUACCUGUGGAUCAACUACGCUCUGUACGAAGAACUCGAAGCGGAGGAUGCGGACCGAACGAGGCAGAUCUACAAGACCUGCCUCGAGCUGAUACCACACAAACAGUUCACCUUUAGCAAGCUUUGGCUGCUGUACGCCCAGUUCGAGAUCCGCUGCAAGGAGCUGCAGCGGGCUCGCAAAGCUCUUGGUCUUGCUAUUGGCAUGUGCCCCCGGGACAAACUCUUUAGGGGAUACAUUGACCUAGAGAUUCAGCUGCGAGAGUUCGAGCGUUGCCGCCUGCUGUAUGAAAAAUUUCUGGAGUUUGGUCCGGAGAAUUGUGUCACCUGGAUGAAAUUCGCAGAGCUUGAGAACCUAUUGGGCGACACAGAGCGUGCGCGUGCCAUUUUCGAGCUGGCCGUGCAUCAGUCGCGACUGGAUAUGCCGGAGUUGCUGUGGAAAGCGUACAUCGACUUUGAGGUGGCCCUCGGCGAAACGGAACUGGCCAGGCAGCUGUACGAGCGACUUCUCGAACGCACGCAGCACGUGAAGGUUUGGAUGUCGUUCGCCAAAUUCGAGAUGGGCCUUAACCACGGCGACAGCGGACAGGAUGCGGAGCUGAACGUGCGGCUGGCCAGGAGGAUUUACGAGCGGGCCAACGAUAUGCUUCGCCAGCUGGGUGACAAGGAGUCGCGUGUGCUGCUCCUGGAGGCGUGGCGUGACUUCGAACGUGACGCAUCCGAUUCACAGGCUCUGCAAAAGGUUAUGGACAAGAUGCCGCGACGCAUCAAGAAGCGGCAGAAGAUCGUCUCGGACGAUGGCGUAGAGGAGGGAUGGGAGGAGGUCUUCGACUACAUAUUCCCCGAGGACGAGAUGGCGCGGCCCAAUCUCAAGCUGCUGGCCGCCGCCAAGAUGUGGAAAAAACAGAAAGACGUUACGGAGGACGAAGUGCCCGCUCCAGUCAUUGAAUCCGACCCAGCAAAUGCAGCAAGUCCUACACCAGCAGGGACGACGGAUGCCGGUGACUGAUCCGCAGAAAGCUAUUCCAUUUCGCAUUACAAUCACCUUAUAUUGUAAAAAGGAAACAAUUAAAUAGUAACACACCAUGAUGCUUA